AUGACCUCGUUAAAUUGUUUCAAGCAGAAAAUCGCUCUCGAACACCAGACAAACACAGCCUCUCUGCCCGACGGUUCGCAUUGCCCCAAUGCCCACCAUAUUGGGCUAGUGAGUGAGGCCCGCUCGAGCACCAUGCGUCUGGCCCCGCUCGACCGGUCCCCCUGUGAAAGGGCACUGAGUCCAGAGGACACAGGACCCGUCCUUGCACCCAGUCUCGUCUCCUCCAGCUGUAUGGAGGGCUUCGAUUGGCUCCCUAGACGAGGCACCCUUGUAAAGACCGUCAUCUCUCAGCCCACUUCAUGUGAAGCCAGGCGUGAGGACGCCUUGGAAGUGCCGACUCCUGUCUCCCCGUCAACACCAGCGUCGAUUCCGAUCACCUCGGCCUCAACUCACCUGCGUCCUGUCUCCAUGCACUUUGUCAAAGCCACCUCCUUGACGAGCAGCUAUCGGUUCCGUAUAGCCAAUAGCCUCAGCCAGUCUGCAGGAUCUCCUAUUCACUCACUUCGUAACUGCAUUGGCGGCAGUAGUGGUAGCAAUAAUGGUAGUGGAACUACCCCUGUUGCCGUCCUCCCUGGCAAAACUGCAGCCAUUGCCAACAGUCCACUGACCAACAGACCUCCGGAUGUGUCUGGUAUCAAUCCCAAAGUCAAUUCUAGCGCUACUGGUGUGUCCUCUCCGCCGCCUGCCGAGUCCCCCUCCUCUCUAGCCAGCAAGUACUCCUCGCUGCCAGCACCGAUGUCUCCGCAAUCGAAGUCGCCACCGCCAGCUCUACCUGCCGAGGUUGGUUGUUCAAUAGCACUACCACCUUCGGGACGACAUACACAGUCGUCCCCGUGUCCCAGUUCUACGCUUUCUGGCGAUAACAGCUCUUUUCUGGCUGAUGCAUCUGUUGAAAAGGAGAGGCCUUUAAGCUGUCUUGUGCGAAGAGUGGCAGUGUCUAGAUCUAGAAAGAACGGCUAUAAAAAAUUCCCCAUGGAAGAGGAUGAUAUAGAAGAACCGCCCAUCCCCCCCAGCCGUCAUGACAGUCACCUCCAUGGGACCAGGCUUUCUCCGCUCCCUGGUCUCUUGUUGGGACAGCAAUGUCACUUCAAAUUGCCUAACGCUACAGUCCAGCAAGGCAUCAGCGUCAGUGGUGAAUACGAGACUCUGGGUACUCCGCUGCUUCGGUCGCAGCGGCUGCACACUCCCCCACCUCUGAAUGAGGCAUCUGCAUUUUCCGUUCCAGCCGCAACACCGACAAGCUCAGGCUAUCAUCAGCAGCCUCAGCAAUACUCUUCAAGUACUGGGGGGUUAGUAUAUCAACUGACCACUCGGACAGACGGCCAGCCCGCCUACCGGCUCGUCUCGACAGCUGGGCGAACGGAUAUUUCAGGCCAUCGCAAACAUCAAACGGCUUCAGUAGCAGGUGGGGCAGACAUGAACUCAUCAGCGGCAACUCCACAUUUCUUAUUGGUGAUAUAA